AGCAGCAGCUCCAGGCUCACAGGGGUGCUGGGGUUUUUGGAGGCCCUGGCUGUGCCCUGAGCCCCUGGCCAUGUCCCCAGCAGGGUCCCAGCCCUGGCUGGCCUCGGGCAGGGCCUCGCCCAGGCUGGUGCUGGCCGUGGUGUUCGUGGCUCUGCUGCUGGACAACAUCCUGCUCACCGUAGUGGUGCCCAUCGUGCCCGCCUUCCUCUACAGCACCGAGUACGAAGCUGCCGAGAGCUCCGCGAGCCCAGCCCUGCCCGCACCACCGCCCACCGCCCCCGGGGCUCCUCCUUUCUCCCGUCCUGGCACCACCGCGCCCGCCGGGGGCUUCACCAGCCCUGGGAACGGGAGCAGCCCCCCGGCCCCAGGCAGGGGCUGCCUGCGGGGCGGGGAGUUCCUGGCCCAGGAGAACACCCGCGUGGGGCUGCUCUUCGCCUCCAAGGCUCUGGUCCAGCUGCUGCUCAACCCCUGGGUGGGUCUGCUGACCAACAGGAUCGGGUACCACAUCCCCAUGUUCCUGGGCUUCACCAUCAUGUUCCUGUCCACAGUGAUGUUCGCUUUCUCAGGCACCUACACCCUGCUGCUCCUGGCCAGAGCCCUGCAGGGCGUCGGCUCCUCCUUCUCCUCGGUGGCAGGCCUGGGGCUGCUCGCCAGCGUCUACACGGACGACUCGCAGAGGGGCAGAGCCAUGGGCAUCGCGCUGGGGGGGCUGGCCCUGGGCGUGCUGGUCGGGGCCCCCUUUGGCAGCAUCAUGUACCAGUUUGUGGGGAAAGCUUCGCCCUUCCUGGUCCUGGCCUUCCUCGCCCUCUUGGAUGGAGCCCUGCAGCUGUGCAUCCUGCAGCCCUCCCGCGGCUCCCCCGAGAGCGCCGGAGCCACGCCGCUGCCCACGCUGCUGCGGGACCCCUACAUCCUGGUGGCUGCAGGGGCCCUCUGCUUCUCCAACAUGGGAGUGGCCAUGCUGGAGCCCACGCUGCCCAUCUGGAUGCUGCAGACCAUGUGCCCCCCGCAGUGGCAGCUCGGGAUGGCAUUCCUGCCUGCCAGCAUCUCCUACCUCAUUGGCACCAACCUCUUUGGGGUUCUGGCUAACAGGAUGGGCAGGUGGCUGUGCUCCAUGAUUGGGAUGGCUGUGGUGGGGAUCAGCCUCCUCUGUGUCCCUCUGGCCACCAACAUUUACGGGCUGAUCGGCCCCAACGCCGGCCUGGGCUUUGCCAUAGGGAUGGUGGACUCCUCCAUGAUGCCCACCAUGGCCUACCUGGUGGACCUGCGCCACGCCUCCGCCUACGGCGCCGUCUACGCCAUCGCCGACGUCGCCUUCUGCGCGGGCUUCGCCGUGGGUCCCUCCACGGCUGGGGCGGUUGUGCGAGCUCUGGGCUUCCCCUGGCUGAUGGCGAUGGUCGGGGCGCUGAACGUGGCGUACGCGCCGCUCUGCCUGGCCCUGCGCAGCCCCCCGGCCGCCCAGGAGAAGAUGGCCAUCCUGAGCCAGGAGUGCCCCAUGCACCCCAAAAGCUGCACCCUGAAGGAAGCCCAGCGGGAACUGCCCCUCACGGAGGAGGUGGAAUAGCCAGGGCAAGGAAUGCGUGUAUAUAAUUAUAAUUAUCAUUAUCAUUAUCAUUAUCAUUAUCAUUAUCAUUAUAAUUAUGGUUACACAACAUGGACAAUUCAGCCUCCCCCAGACUCGUGGGAGGCUGAAUUUCUUCACCAACCACCAGGAUUUGGAGGUUCCAUCCAUUAAUGGGCCUUGACCAUGGAAUCAGCCGGCAGUAAAGAUGUCACUGCAAUGUCACUGCUCCUCUGAGGACACUAAAAACGUUUUCAUUUGUGUCUUGGUGUACUCUGAUGUAUUGUGCUAUGUCUGUGCUGCUCAGAGCUGCUCGUGUGUCCUUCCCAACAUACAUUAAAUUAAUUAUUCGUUU